AUGCGGCCUGUGAAUAAUAAACAGGUCACCCAAAUUUUUGUGGAGACAGUUCCUGCUCCCAGAAAGUCUGCUGCUAAUGCUAAAGCUGUGGGAGAGACCUCAUUAAACAGGCGCCUAGUUAAAAAAUCUGAGCCUCCCUGGAAGACUUUCAAGAAAUGCUAUAAAUGCAAUCUGGCUGGCACCAUUGCUGUGAUCCGCCGGUAUCCUAGCAAGGAUGCUAACAGAAUACUGGAGAUUCUCUGUUUGAUGCACCACAAAAAUGUGAUUGCUGUUUCAGAAUGUUUCCACCCCUCUGAUGCCUUCUAUACUCUCAGCAACUUCCUCCCUCUCACCCUAGAUUAUAUUAAAUAUAUCAAGGAUGAUAGAGCAGUUGGAAUUAAUAAUCUUAAACACUGGGAGAAGUGCUCAGCUGCUGUUGAAUUCCUCUCUGCGAUGACGUCAGCUAGCUCUUUUAAGGAACUAAAACAGUUUGCACUGAUCUCAGCUUGCACAUUCUACUCGUACAUAUCAUUAUUAGAGGAUGUUGAAAAGGGCAUGAAUGUCACUACCUUUUCUUCAAAGGACAGACUAUUAAAGUAG